AUGGAGACGGAUACAGUAUCAGCAGCAGCACCUGCUGCAGCAGCAGCAUCUGUCGAGUCAGCGGAGGCCGCUGCAGAAGCGGUUUCUGCUGAAGCUGCAGAAACUGCAGCAGCAGCAGCAUCAGUAGCAGCAGCAGCUACUGCUGUUUCAGAGGCUGCUGCUGCAGGAGAAGAAGCUUCCGCGGACGUGCUGGCGACAGCGGAAGUUGAAAGAGCAGCAGAGGCGUCUGCAGCAGCAGCAGAGCCAGCAGCAGCAGAACCAGCAGCAGCAGAACCAGCAGCAACACAACCAGCAGCAGCAGAACCAGCAGUAGCAGACUCUGCCGCAGUGACAGAAGCCCCAGCAGCAGCAGCUGCAGCAGAAGAGACAGCAACGGCAGCAGCGUCGGAAUCAGCAGCAGCAGAGCCACUGCCAGCAGCAAUAAAAGCAGAGCCAACGCUCAGCGCUGCAGCCCUGCGAAGCUCCUGGGUGGGUAGACCAGGGGAGCCGCCUGCAGCAGGUGCAGCAGGUGCAGCAGGUGCAGCAGCAGCAACAGCAGCAGAGCCUGGCGUAUCGACUGCCAGCAACACCCCAGACACGUCUCCUCUGGGGGCCCCAUCCAAGAUUGCUGCAGCAGCAACAGCGACAGACUCUCUGCUGCAGAAGCAACAGCAGCACCAGCAGCAGACGCAGUCUCUUGAGAUGCAGCAGCGGGAGUUGCUUCAGCAGCAGCUGCUACUCGAAAGGUUGGAGAAGCAGCUGCAGCUCAUCCCGCUACAGUCGAAGCAGCAACAGCUGCUGCUGCAGCCGUUGCUGCUGCAGCAGCAGCUGGAGCAGCUGCAGCAGCAGUGCCAGGAGCAGGAGCAGGCAAUGGAAGCGACAGCGCCCACAAUCGCUAACCUUGCAGCAGCAGUAGCAGCAGUGUCGCCAUCUCCAAUGGGCAGCAGCAGCAACAGCAGCAGCAACAGCAGCAGCAGCAACGACUCCGGCUUAUUUGGCCUGUCAGAAGCGGACGUGGCGGCACCUGCUGCUGCAGCAGCAUCAGCAGCUGCUGCUGCAGGGACCCAACGCAUGGAUGCAGCAGCAGGUGACACAGCAAACAGCGUCUUAGACACGCUGUCUGAUCUUCAUGAGCGGCUUUGUGUACUGUUGGACGUGACAAUGCGGCAGCACAGUGAACAGCGGCUGCUGCUGCAGUCCAUUAGCACUCUGCAGCAGCAGCAACAGCAGCAGCAGCAGCAGCAGCAGGCCCUCGAGCAUGACGACCGCUCUCUGCUUCUCCUGCGUAACCCGCUGACCUCUGCCCUUCAGACGAGCCGGAUAUCAGAAUUAGAGCAGCACCAGCUGCAGCAGCUGCAGCAGCUGCAGCAGCAACAGGAACUGCAGCAGCAGCAGCAGCAACUGCAGCAGCUGCAGCAACAGCUUCAGCAGCAGGUCAAGUGCGACAUCGCCGCAGCGUCGCCUGUUUCGCACCGCAGCCAUCGCCCGGCACAGUCGCCGACGCCGCAGCAGCAGGAGCAGCUGGAACAGCAGCAGCAGCAGCAACAGGUAGAGCAACAGGUGCGGCAGGCGCAACAGCACUCCCUUUGUUUGGAUACGCAGCUGCUGGGCCUUGCUGCUGGGCUGCAGGUGGGCAACGUGCCUGCAGCAGCGCUGCAGCACUACUUGCUGUCGCAGGCGGGGCUGCUUCCGCCGCCGCGAACCCCCACAGCAGCAGGAACUGCUGCUGCAGCGCAGCAGGCGUUUGCUGCUGCGUUUACCAAGGGAGAAGCAGCCGCAGGCGCAGCUGUUGCUGCUGCUCCUGCUGAUGGUGCCCUCAAGCAGCUCAAGAGCUUUCCGGUUAAGACAGGGGAGUACCGCAGGAAGACAUCGCAGCAGCAGCAGCGGGGUGCUGCUGGAGCGUCCAGCGGUGCCACUUCCCCCCAGCAUCGGCAGCAGCAGCAGCAGCAGCAGCAGCAGCUCUUGCGCCUCACGCCAGCUUCUGUUCGACGGCUUCAUGACCACCGCCUGGCCUUGCUGCAGCAGGAACAGCGCCGCAGCAACAGCAACAGUAGCAACAACAGCUGUUCCCCUCCUGCUAGCAGCAGCCACCGGUCUAGGGACAGUGCAACGUCUCCAUCUCCGCAGCCGCAUCAGCAGCAGCAGCACUGCGGGGGCUCUUCUACUUCUGUUUACAGCAGAGGCAGCAAUGCGCAGCACCUGCACGACCCAUACCCUCACAGCACGAUGAUCCAGCUGAUUCAGCCCUUGCCGACGGGAAUAAAGCUGGAGCUGAAAUCGCACAAGGCUGUGAAGUCCGGGGGCUGCGGUGGCGGGGCAGAGGGGGGCCCCCUGGGGGCCCCCGGUUGCUGCCCGGCGCCCCGUGAAUACGCCCUGCGGGUCUCACUGACACGACACGAAACCAAGUACUGCUCCUUCCACGCGUUGCACGGCAUUUUGCCUGCAUACAACGAGGCCGUGAGGCUGCGGAAUCGGUACGCGGGGCUGCCGUUUCAGCUGCCGCUGAUAACUGAAGCGGUGCUGCGGGACCGGAAGCAGCUGCUGGACGAGGGGAAGCCGCUGCCGCUCUUCGGGCCCAAGGAAGCGUUCAUGACUGUUCAGGAAAGAACUAUUUUCUACAAGCAAGGCAGGCUGGAGGCGAGCGCCCACGAGCAGCGGGCGCCCUCUCCGCAUGCAGCGCAGCAGCAGCAGCACAGCAGCGUCAAGACGGAGUCCAUCCGAGACGACCCGGAGGCCACUUCAGCUCUCAGGGGGCUUGCAGUCUUUGCGCCGCCAGCUGCGGGGGCCGCGGCUGCUGCCUCAGGCGUUGGUGCUGCCCUCCAGCAGCAGCAACAGCAGCACAUGGGCCGCGGCAGCAGGAAGAGGCAGCGGGAUCUUCUUACUGCCGCAGCAGCUACCACAGAAACUGCAGCCAACGCGGGAGGCCUGAAGGCAAGGAAGCCCGAGCGACGGCCUUCUUCGGGAGGCGGGGGGCCCCAAGGGCCCCAGGGGGCCUCCCAUUCAAGACGGGCGGAUGACGGAGGGGCACCGCCCCGUGCGGGUAGCAGCAGCAGCAGCAGCAGAAGCAGCAGCAUGCUUGCGGAUGGGGUUGCAGAGGCCUUGCUGAACUUCCCAGCAGCAGCAGGAAGCAGCAGCAGCCUGCUAGAACCUGUCUUGGGACCCUUGGAGGCCCCGUCUCCCACCCGCACAAACAAAGAAAGCGAAUAUGGUUUGCUAACUACUCAGCAGCAGCAACAGCUGACUGAUGAGAGGUCUCGCAGCAGCAGCUGUGAAGCUGGAGAGGCCCCCAUGCUGCCAAAGACCACGGAAAGUGUUUCAUCUGUGUCUUCGGGGGCGCCCGCGGAUUGGGGGCCUCACCAGAGUGUUGCUGCAGACAUUGCUGCUUCGCUGGGCCUUCCUUUGGAGGAAUUGGCAGCGCGGCUUUCUCAUUUCAUUAAUAAGGCCGACGGCAGAGCAGCAGCAGCAACAGCAGCAGCAGCAGGUACCGUGGGCAGCGAUCGAACAGGGGGCGAGCCUUCUUCUCUAACGUCCUCUAAUUCAGGAGCCUUCCGUUAG